AAGUGAUAAGGAAAUUAAGGAAAUGGGUGCAGCUUAAAUAGCAGUGAUUAAUCCACCUAGACUCAGAUAGUCUGCAGUUGCAGUUGCAGAUGUGACGUAUUGGCAGUACAGGCAAAUGCAUUUGAGCUCAGAAAGACCCAGCUCAUUUGGAGGACCUUUAUGACCACGGCAAGGCAGUGACCAGGAUCCUGUAAAACCAGCCUCUGCUAGAGCUAUUUAAUGUGCUAAGGGCACGCCUGGAGAAGAGGUGUAUGUGAGGGGCUGUAAUAUAUUGGCAGAGGUGUGCUGGCAUCGAGGGGCCUUCUCUGUUUCAGCUUGCCACUAUCUACACAACAAUCCGACCCAGGAGGAACCCAACUCCGUGGGACCCAAAGCAAUACAGGUGGGAGCUGACAUCCGCCAAUGUGUUUCUUUUAUUUGAGCAUCAGUAAAAGACAAGGGACUGCAAGUAAACUAUCAGAUAAGGCAGAACAAAGCCAAGCAAAACCGUUCUUUGUUAUGGAAAGAAAAUACUGUAUUGAGUGUUAUUAAAGGUAAUUAAAACAGGAUUAACUUUUCCAUUACAUUGUAAUUGUCAACAACCGGCAAAUUAGACAAAGACUGUGGACAAAAGAAUAAACAUUUUUUAAAAAAAGAGUUAAGGAUCUGUAAAAGAAAUGAUAAAGGCCCCCUCCAACCAGAAGCGUCCCCUCCUCCCAAGCUUUGACCAAUCUUGGGACACAUGUAAAAACCCCGUCUCCCAUCUCCGACUCAACACGUUUGACUUUUCUGAUCUAUGGGAUGAAGAGGACCUAAGACUAGAUAUUCCUGAGGGAGAUGGAGGACUUGCAGGGACACAUACCUGUCAAAUCAAUGCAGACGUUAGGAAAUCUAUUCCUGCCCCACCACCGCUUGCUCCUCCUUUGCCCCCAUCAAUGCUGUUUAAUUGCCCAAGCCCUGGUAAAGAACGAACUCUAAGACUCCACUGGAGGGCUCUCCAGUCUCUGCCUGUGCUUCCCAAGGUCAGUCGCUUUGGCACUCAGACCAUCUGGGCAGGGUUAGAACCAGUCCACUUGGAUACCAACAAACUGGAGUACCUGUUUGAAAGCAAAAUAAACAGCAGCACUGGAUGUAGGGUGAGAAAACAGCAGAAGCAGAAGUGCAUCACGGUGCUAGGAGUGAAGCGUAGUAACAUCAUCACCAUUGCCCUCAGCAGUCUCGCACCCCCUCGCUUGCUGCCCCCUGCCAUAAUGAGUAUGGACUGCUGUGUGCUAGACAGAGAGGACCUGCAGAAACUGCAGACUCUGAUCCCAUCAGAAGAAGAGUUGUGCUCGAUUAGAGAUGCCAAGGCCCAAUUCCCAGACUCUGUUUUGGGACCAGCAGAGGACUGUCUCCUCACAUUGGGUAGAAUUCCCCAUCUGAGUCAGAGACUUCAACUUUGGGCUUUCGCUUUGGAUUAUGACAGUUUGGAGAGAGAAAUUGCUGAGCCUCUCUUCUAUCUGAAGUUAGCUAUGGAGCAGCUAACGGCCAGUCACACGUUCCGCUGUAUCCUGGCAACCGUGUUAGCGAUUGGCAACUUUCUCAAUGGGUGCAAGGCCAGUGGGUUUGAGCUGAGUUACCUGGGUAAGCUGUCUCAGGUGAGAGACACGCACAGCCGCCAACCACUUUUGCACCACGUUUGCGUCUUGCUGCUGCAGCUUUACCCACGGUCCUCCGACCUGUAUUCUGACAUCACGGCUGUGAUGCGUGUCAGUAAGUGUGACUACAGUCAGGUGCAGUCUAACCUCACACAGCUGCAGUCUUGCUGCAAGGCAUCAUGGGAACAGCUGCACAUGCUAGAGCGGGAUAAAGGGAAGGAACUUUGGGGAGAAAAUGCAGAGGGUACCCUCAGAAAGCGCCUCCCUAGGAUUCUGAAGGAAUGUGAGGAGAGACUGAACGUGUUGAAAGCUGUCCAUCGAAGGGUCAUCAAUAGGUUCCACUCCUUCUUGCUGUUUCUGGGAUAUCCACGCUGUAUCGUGAAGGAGACUAGCCCUGAGGUCUUCUGUAAAACUGUCAGCAACUUUGCCCUGGAGUACCGGACGUCCCACCAGACCAUUGUCAGAGAAAAGGAAAGAGAAAAUGAAAGAGAGGGAGAAACGACUGCUUCUACUCCACAGUGUACCCAGCCACAGGAGUGUCUAGAGCACUGCAGACUUCAGGAGGUCCUGAGAACACCUGAGUCUACCCUACACCGAGACCCUAGCCUUCCCCGCUCCCGCAGAAAGAAAGGCCAAGCUUCUAGCAAGCUGAAGUGACAAUGAGUGAUGUGUCUCCUUCUCUUCACUCCCCAAACCUACCUAAUUGUGGAUCACAUGAUACAUCGGCCGACCAGAAGCUGAGCAUUCUUUAAUAGCAUCCAAUGUCGCUGGCUAGCAGGCCCGUUACCAUGGCCUGAGAACUCUACCUCCACAUGGGCCAAGCAAAAGUCACAUGCUGUACAACACCUAUGCUAUGCUUCCUGAAGACUUGAGUAGGCAUGCUCCCCUUAACUUUGUUCAUUAAAUAUUACAGCAGCGGAUGUACUCAACACAGUUCUAGUAGUACUGUAUAUUUACAUCACAUUUAGUUGCGUAACAGAUGCUUUUUAUCCAAAGUUCCUCAAAGUUUAAUAAAGUUGGAUAUUUUGCUAGUGAAUUUCCAGUUUGGUGACCUGCCCAGGGUGAUGUUUCAGACUUGAACGAGAAAGACUGGACAAUACAUGAAACUCAAACAGAAUGUACAAAUGCAACAUUCUGAGUUAUAUUUCUGUCCUGUCUUACCUUAAUAACUCUCCCUUACUUCCCAAACCACCAGGCAUUACUUAAGCACAACAUUUGAAAAUCUGAGUAGUCUACAUUUAAAAUUUGGGUUAACUGUUGUUUGUUCAGUAAAUUCUGUACAAUAGUGAGACAGUUACCCACUCAACACUGUACCCAUUUACAUAAACACAUGCAUACAUUUAACAGAUGCUUCCAUAAAAGCUGAUGCCAUACAUACUUCAAAUAACAUAACAGAUUAUUCACCAAAGAUCCACACUAAAAAUAAACAAAAAUUUCACAUUAAGUAUAUUCCUUUUAAAAGUCAGAUUUUUUUUCUAAUAAAAGUUUCAGUUAAAAAUAAUGUUAAUAUAAGGAUGGGAUUUUACUAUUGCUGCAGAUGGCUAUAAGUCUACAUCACUGGGGAUACCAAUUACAAUUAAGCAGGCUUGUAGUGGCUCCGAGGUAUUUCAGGAAACCAGCAAACUGAAUAGCAGCAGUUAUUGUUUAACAUACUCUUCUGAGCAAGUAAAUAAUAAACUAACCUACUAAAAACUAUCAAGACGGAAUAGAAUAAUAAAGAAUCAAAGCUAAAUCAACUUUGCUCUUUUUGUGGGGUUCAUCAUUAACAAAACUAUUAUUGUUGUUAUUGUUUCAUAAGACUGACAGAUAGACAGACAGACAGACAGACAGACAGAUAGAUAGAUAGAUAGAUAGAUAGAUAGAUAGAUAGAUAGAUAGAUAGAUAGAUAGAUACUUUAUUAAUUCAUAUUAAUUCCAAAAGAAAUUUAGGAUUUUAACUUUUAUGGUUUCACCUAUGUUUACUUGGGGUCACUCAAUUACAUUCUCAAAAAAACUACAAACUCUUAAUGUGCCUGCCAACUUUAAGGACAUGACCAACUAUCAAGUAAACUGCUUAACUACUUAAUUCUAAAACUAAAGCAGUCUCCCGUAUUAGCCCAUUAUCAGCCAUAACAUUUACUGUCCACUUUCACCAAGCCGCCAAAAAGAUAGCUGGAGUUGAAGUAAUUGCACAUUUCGUGACGCUUAGCACAGGAUUUGAGGGACACUUAUGUUGGCCACAUAAAGAAAAAGACCGCGGAACUGCGUGACGUGAGUAUCCAAUAAGAGAUUGUGAUUUAGAGGCGGGUCUUCACAUAGGCGUGGCAAUAAUUUUACGGAUAUCGAGCCGGCGCCAUUUUACAGUCGCAGUCGCCUCAGUGUCGUGUGUGUCGGAAAGAGACCUGAAAGCGCAAAGCUCGUCGAAUUUUAGUAGCUAAUUUUUAAACGUAAGCUCCUGGUGAGUAUUUUGAUUCAAGAGGUUUUUUUUUCAUUUUUUCCUACUUUGAGCUAUCUUUGGGAUUUUUAUUUUUAUUUUUAAUGUAUUUUUUGUGACAGGCUUUCUGUAUCUGUGAUUGCGAAUGUGGUGUACAUUUUGUGAAGCAGGACUAGCUGACGAGCUAACAGGCUAGCUGAAUGGUUACGUGGUCGCGUGAGGUUAAUUAGCUAAAUGUCACUAGCUCGCUUUUCAUAAUUGUCCUUAUUGUUUUAAUUUUUUUCUGUCGUAAACUUCUUUUUUAAUAAAUGAAAAUUUUUUCAAGAGGUCCUUUAGUGCAGUGUGCUUAGGAGGAUAUUUUUAAAAGAAAAUCCCGAAGACGGUUUUGUUUUUUUUCUUUUACUAAAAAAAAGAGAAAACGCCAUUUUUUUUUCUUCAUAUUUGGAUUUCCUACUUUUUUAUUUUCCGGCUUUAUUUUUCCCCCCAAUCAUUUAGCUAGUUGAUUUACUGUUUUCGGCAAGGCUGCUUAUGGCUUGUAAUUGGAUGAUUUAAAUACAUUUUUAAUUCUGAAUUUUGUUUUAAUUUUUUGGUUUUAUUCUAAAUUCAUCAGCUAUUCAGACGUAAGACUGUUAUUUUUAUUUUUCUUGUCAAGGCUGGUUUUAAAGGGAUUCUGAACAAACUUCUGUCUGUAAUAUUUUUCUGCGCAUGACCGGGUUGUGGAUUAUGAGACUUGAAAUGGACUUUCUGUGUAGCAACACAAGACUAAUUCCUGAAAACAUUUAAUUAAAAAGUUGUAAAGAAGUUCAUGUGUGGUGUGGAAAUGCGUUAAUUUUUUCGCUUGUACGGCUGUAGUUGUCACAUUUCUUUCUCCUGAAUGAUUUCUAUUCGUUAGCUGCUGGUGCGUAUCAAUUCAUACGAGAGCGCGUGAUUUAAAAUACGCUGAGUGUAUGAAACAUUAGGGACGCCUGGUAUUCCCUUAAUAGAUUGACUGGAGGAAUCCAGGCUAAAAUUCCUUUUUUUUGUUUUAAUAACUUAAGGUAGUGUACAUCAAUUGCAGGCGACAGAUUAAAGAAGGAUUACAGCAGCUCUUGAGAGAAUUGAGAUCGUCUGGAUUAUGUAUAUAGAUUAAUUGUGCAAGAAAUAUUAAUGAUUUGAUUGAUGCCUAAUAGUAGGCACCUGAUGUGCUGAUUUGAGCUCAAGAACUGUAAGGUGUAUUGGAAAUCAUCUGAUACCCAAAAGAUUUUAAGUCAGGGAAAAGUUUAAGGUAGGCAAAUCGUGUGGAUGAAGACUGACUUACUGUAGGCAAUGUGGCAGUCCCAUCAUAUUGAUGGGGUAAGAUAAAAGAAUGUCUCUCAUUACAUCUUGAGAGGAUGGAGUUAUUCUUUAUGCAAAAAAUAAACUGCUGUUAAAGUUGAGAAGGGAAGGAAAAACUUUGAACACUCAAGUACUGAAGAAAAGCAUUUCUUGGUCUAUUUUUUUAUUGUAUGCUGAUGGGGGCUGGGGACUAGAAUAGAGAGGAAAAAAACCCAAUUAUCCCUCGUGCAAUGUGUCAUCAUAGCAUGCUGGUGUUGUUGUUUUGUUAAUGUGAGGAGUAUUUCAUGUCAUGCAUUGACCUCUUGAUAAAAGUGGGACAGUGUCUGAAUACAACAGGAUAUCUGAACACCAUUUCCAAUCAGGAGCAUCCCUGCAUGGCAGAUCUUUUUUGUUUUUUUAAGUAGGAGAGUGCCUGUGUCCAAUGGUUAAGAUUGGUAUGGUAUGUUUUUAUGGACACUGAAAUCAUCUUAAUACAGGUCUGAAGUCUGUAGAAUAAGACGGACCAAGCUAUUUGGAGUGUAAUUCCGCUACCAACCAACUUAAUGCAAACAAUAGAGUUGGUGUGGUUCAGCAUCCCUGUAGAAUACUCUUUAUGCUCGAGUCCAUUCCUCAAUGAAUUUGAUCCAAAGCAAAAGGGGUGCAAAACAAUAUAAGGAAGUGUCCCUAAUGUUUUGUAUACUUGGUGAAACUGCCAUGAUGCUGUUCUGUUUUUUGACAACACAUCUGCUUUGCCUGCUGGCACUCACAUUUGGCAUGAAUGGCCAGAUACAGUACUAUUUCAAAUAAAAGGCAAACCAGUUUCAUA